UAACAUCAUGCUUCUGCAAGUGGUAUUCCUCAUCGGUUUGGUGGUCUCGCCUAUUCUUGGCCUCAUUGGGAAAUGUUCACAACCAGUGUCUGACUCAACCACCAUCUACGACUUUUCUAUGCCAAACAUAUUCAAGACUGGAACCAUCAAUUUCGCAGACCUCCGAGGUAAGGUGGUUCUUGUUGUUAAUGUGGCUACAUACUGUGACCACACACCUCAGUUCCUGGGACUGAAUGCUCUCCAGAAAGAAUUUGGAACUGACCUUCAGAUUAUUGGAGUCCCUACUGACCAGUUUCAUUAUGAAGAGCCCGGAGCAAAUGGAACGGAAAUCAUGAAUGGACUGAAAUAUGUCAGGCCCGGAAAUGGGUUUGUCCCAGCUUUCCCUCUCACCACUAAAACGGAAGUCAACGGCAUCCAUGAGCAUAAGAUGUUUACUUACCUGAAAAAAUACUGUGAACCAACAGAUGAGCUAUUUUAUCCCGGUCUGACCUACCAAGGAAAUAAAGUCCAUGAUAUCCGCUGGAACUUUGAGAAAAUUCUCAUUGACAGGACAGGUAAACCUGUCAAGAGGUAUAACGUCUAUGUACUUCCGGCCAAUCUCCGUGAUGACAUACGGGCUCAGAUUCAGGGUGCAGAACAACACCAACACAAACUUCCGGUCCUCGGAUCAUUCAUUGGUUGA